UUCUCGCUGUAGACCCGCUGAACAGCAGCAACGCUGGAAGAUGUUUCUGUUGGAAAUGAACUGAGAAGCCCUGACGGCUGCAGCUGUCGCGGUUAAUCAGUUAAUCAGGAGUUUGAACAAACAGGUUCUGAACCUGAACCUGCCUCAGAAAUGGGCCUCAGACUUUGGCAGCUCGGUGUUUGUUUCAGCGUCUGACCUUUGAUCAGUUCACAACAAACAUGGCGUCCGUCAGCAGAGAAACGAAGCGUCUCUUCUUCUUGCUGCUCAUCGUGGCUUCAGUCCCAGAAUGCACUGGGACCCCCGGAGGUGGAGGCGAGGUGUUCCUGGACAGAGCCGAGGCCGACGUCUUCCUGCGUCGCAGCCGCCGGGCCAACUUCCUGCUGGAGGAGCUGAGGCAGGGGAACCUGGAGCGCGAGUGCAUCGAGGAGAAAUGUUCCUACGAGGAGGCCAAGGAGAUCUUUGCUUUGCCCCAACAGCUGGAGAACUUCUGGAGAACCUACACAGCGGUGGAUCGCUGCCUGUCGUCUCCCUGUAAGAACGGAGCGACCUGCACUCGUCACGUCGACACCUACAUCUGCAAGUGUCUGCCUGGUUUCCAUGGAUACAACUGUGACAAAGUGCGUCUGACCUCCAACGGAUGUCGCUAUAGAAACGGCGGCUGCGAACAUUUCUGCCGCGAGUUUCCGGAUCGUUCUCACUUGUGUUUCUGUGCUCCGGGUUACAGUCUGGAUCAGGACAACAGCACCUGCCGGCCCGAAGAUGCUGUUGUCUGUGGGCGACCUCUGGUUCACUUUGCCCCAAGGGUAGUUAACGGGAAGAUCUGCCCCAAAGGCCACUGUCCGUGGCAGGCUCUGCUGACGGAACACAACGAGUUCACCUGUGGAGCCAUCGUCCUAUCGGAUCAGUGGAUUCUAACGGCAGCUCACUGCGUUUGGCUCAAACCUGUUGCCAUCUUCCACGUCACCGCAGGUGAACACGACCUGAAGGAGGACGAGAAGACGGAGCAGCGGCGGCGGGUUCUAAAAGUUGUGAUCCACGACGGCUACAACCACUCGAGCUCCGACAGCGACCUUGCGCUGUUGAAGCUGCACCGACCGGUCAAACUGGGCCGCCACGUGGUGCCCAUCUGCCUCCCCGCCCGGAACAGCACCUUCGGCCGGACGCUGGCCACCGUCCGCCACUCCACCGUGUCCGGCUGGGGCCGCUUGGCCCAGUUCGGCCCGGCGGCCCAGUUCCUGCAGCGGCUGGUUCUGCCAAGGGUUCCGCUGCAGGAGUGCCGCCUCCACACCAAACUCAACAUCACCAGGAACAUGCUGUGCGCCGGGCUGCGGAGCGGCGGCCAGGAUGCCUGCGAGGGCGACAGCGGUGGCCCGCUGGUGACCCGAUACAAGAAGACGUGGUUCCUGACGGGCGUGGUGAGCUGGGGGAAGGGCUGCGCCAACGAGAACAUGUACGGCGUCUAUGCCAAGGUCGGCAACUUCCUGGACUGGAUCGAGGACGUCAUGAGGACGGGAAAAGGUUUGCCCAAAGCGAUCAAUAAGUCCGAUCAGCGGCGUCAUGUGAUCAAACAGACUUUAACCUGCAGAGCAGCAGCAGCGAUGAUCCUCAACGUCUUGGUCAUCUUCGUCUUCAUCGUCCACAACUGCCGAGCAGCUGCAGUCCCGCUCCAUCCGGGUCAGAAUGUCUUCCUGGACCCGGUCAGAGCCAACGAGGUUCUGGUCCGAACCCGCAGGUUCAACUCCGGCUGGCUGGAGGAGCUUCAGACGGGAGACCUGAAGAGAGAAUGUCUGGAGGAGAAGUGUUCCUACGAAGAGGCCCGGGAGGUGUUUGAGCACGACGAGCUGACGGACGAGUUCUGGAAGUUGUACAACAUCCCGCAGAGUUGUCAGUCUGAACCGUGUCUGAACGGAGGAAGCUGCUCGGCUCAGGCUUCAUCGUACACCUGCUUCUGUCUGCCGCAAUACAGCGGAGUCAACUGUGAGCUGGAGUUCCAGGUGGAGACGGACCGGUGUUACCUGGACAACGGCGGCUGUGAACACUUCUGUGAAGAAGACGUGGACGGACGAAGACUGAACUGCUCGUGUGCAGACGGAUACUUCCUGGACGAGGACGGACGGAGCUGCAAGGCUGAAGAGGCCAUAGCGUGCGGAAUGGUUCCGGUCCUGCAGGGGGAAGAGAAGCAGAACCACCUCCGGAUUGUGGGCGGCAGCGAGUGUCCGAGAGGUGAAUGUCCGUGGCAGGUUCUGCUGCUGUACAAAGGCAAAGGGUUCUGUGGAGGAAUGAUCUAUAAACCCACGUGGAUCCUGACGGCGUCGCACUGCCUGGAGAACACUGAGGUCCAGUUCCUGAAGGUGGUCGCAGGCGAACACAACACUCAGGUCCACGAAGGCAGCGAGCAGCUGGUCCAGGUCGCCGAGAUCCUCCUCCACGAGAACUACGAACCCAGAACCGCCGACAACGACAUUGCGCUGCUGCGUCUGGCGUCUCCGAUCACCUUCACGCCGUUCGCCGUCCCGGCCUGCCUGCCGACCCGACCGCUGGCCGAGCGCGAGCUCUGGGCGGUCCGGCUGCACACGGUCAGCGGUUGGGGGCGUCGCAGUGAGAACGGACCGACCUCCCACCUGCUGCGACGCCUGAAGGUUCCUCGGAUCCGGACGCAGGACUGCGUGGAGCAGAGCGGCGUGGCGCUGACCCAGAACAUGUUCUGCGCCGGAUACAUCGAGGGCCGCCAGGACUCAUGUAAAGGCGACAGCGGCGGCCCGCUGGUGACCCGCUACAAGAAGACGGCGUUCCUGCUGGGCAUCGUGAGCUGGGGGAAGGGCUGCGCCCGACCCGGAAACUACGGCAUCUACACCCGCGUGUCCAACUACCUGGACUGGAUCCACAACCGGACCACAACCACAGAACCACCAGAACCCAAUAGAAACAGCACCGAGGCUCCGGCGACCAACACGACCAGCUGAGGGAAGGAAAACUGAGGAUUUAUCGACUGUUAUUGAUUCUUUGUCGACUGUCAUUGAUUCUUUAUCGACUGUUAUUGAUUCUUUAUCGACUGUUAUUGAUUCUGUAACUGACCUGAUUAAACAGUUUGUGGAUAAAACUCUGUUUCUUUAAACUGAGUCGCUGCAAUAAAAAAACCAACGGAACCCAAAAUGA